AAAUAAUAGUCCGCCUUUUAAACUGUAAAACAACAGUUAACAUUUUGUUGAUAAAGUCAGUUAAAAAAAAAAAUGUCAACGCGUGCGUCACUUACGCAAUAUCGUCACGGAUCAGGAAGUGCAGUAUCUUGACAGUAGACACAGUACGCGUUGGAAUUCAUUUGUAAAAUACGCAACCAAAGCUUAACACCGAAGGCUAAAGCACACUCUGGCAGACAUGUCGUACGGCAAAGCAGAGACCUACCACCCUGUCCCACGGGACUUCAACACCCUCAUACAGACAUGCAGCUCAAACAUCCAGAAGAUCACACAGAACACUGCUCAGAUCAAGAGCAUGGUAAACCAACUGGGGACCAGACAGGACACCAGUGAACUCCAGGAUCGUCUGCAGCAGAUACAACACUAUACCAACCAACUGGCAAAAGAAACCAACAAACACCUUAAAGAAUUGGGAUCAGUUCCUCUGCCAUUGUCAUCCUCAGAGCAAAGACAGCAAAAGAUCCAGAGGGACCGGCUGAUGAAUGAUUUCUCAGCAGCUCUCAACAACUUUCAAGCAAUCCAACGGCGUGCAGCAGAGAAGGAGAAGGAGUCAGUUGCCAGAGCGAGGGCUGGAUCCCGCUUAUCAACUGAAGACAGCUCUCGGGAUGAAAAGCUUGUUUCUUUCGAUAACCAAGAAGACUGGGGUCACACAACCACCCAGACAGAGGAGGUAGCCAUCACAGAGGAGGACCUGGAGCUCAUCAAGGAGAGAGAAACUAACAUUAGACAGCUGGAGUCGGACAUCAUGGAUGUAAACCAGAUCUUCAAGGACCUGGCAGUGAUGAUCCAUGAUCAGGGAGAGAUGAUUGAUAGUAUCGAGGCAAAUGUGGAGAAUGCUGAAGUUCAUGUAGAACAAGGAACAGAGCAGCUCCAAAGAGCCGCCUACUACCAGCAAAAGUCCCGCAAGAAGAUGUGUAUCCUUGCUAUGGUUUGUUCCAUCGUGCUUGUCAUACUUGGCAUCAUUAUCUGGCAAGCUGCCAAGUGAUUUGACUCUGCACAACCAAUUUUCCACUACUAUAUUUUACUCUGCCCACUCCCACCUGCAAGUAACUGCUUGGAAUUACAAGAAGAGGCUGAUCACUUCACCAGCAUCAGCAGAAUACAUCUAUGCAGAGAUGGUCAAUGUGGAAAACAUACUCAUCUGGACUGAUCACUCCUGUUUUUGUAAAAUAGCCGUAAAACAUCCUAUUUACACUGAGGUGAAGGAGACGUUAGAGGACUGUGGUGGUGCGGGGGAGUGAUUUAAGAUAUGAGAUUCCUUAUUUGCUUAAUUCAUUUAUUUCUUCUGUUAUUUACUAACACUAGCUGUCAUUGUAUUUAAGAUGGAAAAAUAAAGCUGGCAAUGAUUUCAGAACCCGGGAAAUAAAAAAAGACACACACUGUUUGUUAAAAUAAAUGAAUCUGUGGUUUUUAGGGGCUGUAAAUUAUGUUUUUUUUUGUUGUGGUACCUUCAGAUAAAAAGUGUGUGGAGUUCCAUAGGCCCUGCUGUGGCUCCAGGCCUUCACAGGAACAUUACAUGGGACUUACAUAACUCCUGGUGAUAAUGGCAGUUGUGGUUGUAAUAUUCAUGUUGUUUAAUGAAAGUCAUGUCAGAUUACCAAUAUCAAUCCAGUCUAUGUCUGUAAAUAUUACAACAUGCUGCGUUAUAUUCUAGUAAGAACAUUUUCGAAGAUGAAUAGUGACAGUAUCUCAAAAAUAAAACUCCAGCCUUCAAACAAAACAUAUGGAAAUUGAUUUCGAAGACUCCUGAAAGUAAACAUAAUAAAUGGCUUAAACACU